UAAAGUAAUAAAAUAUUUGGAUGGAAAAUUUUUUAAAGAAAGUUUCAAUUCUACAAAUGACUUAGAUAUAUUAAGAAAAUUUAUAAAAAUCUGCAAUGAAAACAAAGAAAAAGAUUUGGCUGCAGAAUAUUUAAAUGUAGGUGGCAAUAUUUUUGAUAUAUUAAAAUUAUUAAAUACAGCAGAUAAAAAAGAAAUGAAUACUGUUAUAAUUGUGUUUUCUGCAAUAAGGAUAUUAAUAAUAAAAAUAUUAGGACAAUAUCCACAAUAUCAAUGUAGUGCAAAAGAGGCAUGUCGUCAUUUGAUUAAUUCAAAUUUAUCAAUAAUUCAUUCAAUGUUAUCGAUACAAAGUAAUGCAAAGCAACAAAAAAUAAUUUUACAAUUACUUGCUGCAAUAGUUUCAUUAGAUUUAAAUCUAUCACGUGAAUUGCUUAUUCAUUUGUCUUUACCAUUAGAAGUUAUUAAGUCUCUUGUACAACAUAGAAAACCUACAGAUAAUCAUAAUAUAAGAAAUUAUUUCAUUCAUUUUAUUAUGGCUUUUUUAAUAGAAGGAAAUGUAUCAAUUAUCAGACUUCUCUUGGAUAAACGUGACUUGUUUUCUAGUAUAUUUUCUGAUUUAAUAUAUGAUUCCAAAGACAUUGUUAUUUUAAUUUUAAGUACUCUUAAAACUUAUAUUCUUCAUAAUCCAAAUAUUAAUAAAACUAUGAAGUUACAAUUAUUUUCAACAUCAAUUAUUCAAAAUCUUAUAUGUCUUUAUAAUUGGAAAGGUCCAAAUAAUCACCCAAAAUUUAAAACUCAAAGUUUUAUGCCAGAAACACAAUAUCUUGAAGAAAAAGAGAUAGUUAUUGAAGUCGUGCAUGAUUUUUUAAUUAUAUUGUUAACAUCACAUCGAUAUGGCAUUAUUUUUCAUGAUUAUAUGCUUGGUACUUCACAUAUUAAACAUAAUAAUAUGGUNNNUAUAGUACUUCAAAGUUUAGAUCGACCUUGGGAAUAUGAAAAACUAUCAAAUUUAGUUAUUAAAAUAAUGGCAGCAUGUCCAGAUUUAAUUAAAUCUCAAUUUGUUCUUUUGGAACCAUAUCUUGAACCCAGAGUAUCAUUGAAAUGGAUUGCAACAAUAAAAUUUAUAAGAGAAAUGAUACAGUCAAUGGAUAUAAACACUUGUAAAAAAAUAUGUUCAUUAGAAUUAAAUGUAUUACAAUUAGCUAAUGCAAUAAUAUCUUUAACUAUACCAGUAGUAAUUUUGAAACAAGCAAUUGUACCAGCUUUGUCUCAUUCUAAUAUAAUAAUACGACAUGAGGCAAUACUUACACUUACUACUAUAUUUAAUCAGCUACAAAAAUAUUUAUCAAUUUUAAAAAAGGUUUACAAAAACAAUGAUGAUUUUUGUACAUUUAAAAAUUUUUUAACAGAGUUCAUAAUAAAGAAUAUACCAAAUUUAAAUAUGAUAUUUAAUGUAUGGAAUUCUACUUUCAUAUCAAAUUUAGUUGAAAAUAAUAACAAAGAAAACAUUAUAGAACCAAAUAGAUAUGAACAUUUGACAGCUAUUUUAAAUUUAUUACAUAUGUAUAAUGAAAUAUGUCCAAAAUUAUUAGACAUAAUAUCUAAUAUGCAAUGUGAUACAUUUUUAAAUAUAUUGAAUAAAUUGGAAGAUAUAAAUGUCAUUGAAUUCAAUAUUAUAAAAGUAAAAGCUAUUCAUUUUUUAGUCAUAUUAUAUCCUUAUGAGUUUUUUCCGCAUAAAAAAUUAUUUAAUGAUGUAUUAUCAUUCUUAAUAUCUAUUUUAAAUGAAGAAGUAUCUUCAACUGCAUUAAAUAUAAAAGCAACAAUCCGAUCUUUAUUAAACAAUACAGGAAUGUUUGAAGAAUGUAAUGAUCAUUUGAAUAUUUGGAUUAAUGGUUUUAUAAAUUUAGAUGAUAGAAAGAAAGUAAUAAAAUGGUUUAUUCGUAUUAUAAAAGAAGCGGUUAAUGAUAUUGAAAAAUAUGUAAAUGAAAUAAUUAAAACUGAAGAAAUUUUUGAUCAAGGAACAGUUCAUAUUGAUAGAUUUCAAAAUAUAUUUGAUGAAUUAAUGAAUAAAUCUGUUAUUUAUGAUAAUUUUGAAAAUAAUAUUUUACGUAUGCAACAUUUUACAUCAAUAUCACCUCUUUUAUGUUGCAUGUUACAUAAGACUAAAGAAGAGUCACAUCCUUCAAUUUUAUCUUAUUUGUCUUAUAUUUUAGUACAUACGUUGCAUUAUCAAGUAAUACCUCAAUGUUUAAUACAUUUAGCUAAAGAUAUUAAAAAAUUACCAGUAAAAGAAUAUUUAUUAAGUUGGUUAGAAAACAAUAAACCUGUUUAUCUUGAAAAUAUUCCCUCUAUGACUUUAAUAUAUAAACUAAAUUCAGUAUUUUUAAAUGAUACUGAAUUACAAAUAAAUAAAAUAUUUAACGGCAACAAUGUGAUUACUUUUCAAUAUAAUGAGGAGAAUAUAAUAAUUCAUCAUUCUUUAUCAACAUAUGAAAUUAUAUAUUCGUUUAAAAUGACUAUAUUUUAUUUAAUUCAACUUACUAAAAGAGGUGUUUUAACGAAAGUGCAAUGUAAUAAUUAUAAGAUAUUUUUAAUAUCACUAUUACAUAUUGCAAAGAAUAGUUCAAAUAGUUAUAUUAUUUUAGAUGAAUGUGCAAAAUCAAUUUUUACUCAUCCUAUUAUUUUAUAUUAUUUUUCUCCAUUUUAUCAAAAAAACGUUUUAAAAACUAUGAUGACUCUUAUGCUUAUUGAUAUUUGUAAUGUAAUAAUUGCUUUAUUUAAAGAAUAUAAUAUAAAAAAUUUAUUUUUCCAUUUCAAAAAUAAAUUACUAAUACAACUAUAUAAAAUGAUAGAUAAAAAAGAAAAAAAUGAAAAAAUAAAUAAUAUUGAUAUGAUUAUUACUUUGUUAGAGAUAUUACAACUGACAUCAAAAGAUAUUGUUUGUUUAUUAAAGAAAUUAAUAAAAUUAGAGAAUAUUAUAUUUAUUUCAAAUGAUAAAAAUUUAUCAAUAUAUGGAUAUAUAGUUCCGAAACUCUUACAAAUAAUUAAUAGCAACGAAAUGAAAUCCGAACGAAAUAUAUUUUUUGAGUUGAAUGCAGAAUUUGUUAAAGACUUAUGUUUGCAUUUAUUAUUUUUAAAAUCAAAUUUAAUUAUGAAUUCUGAAAUAUGGGAAAUAGCAUUAUAUGGAUAUUUUUUAAAUUUUUCGUUUAAUAUUGGUGGCAUUGAUAUUAAUAUUUUUACAUCAUUGUUAUCAACAACAAUCACAAAUACAACUGUAAAUUUAAUUUCACUUCUUAUUAAAAAAAAUAUAAAGUUUAUACCCAUUUUUGUGGAAUAUAUAACAAAAUCUAAAAAUAUAGAAAAAGGUAAUAUUGUAUUACCUAUAGUUGCAAGUAAUUUAAAUUUUAAAUGGGAUCUAGAUUUUUUACAAAAUUUGAGAAAACAUUAUGAAAUUGAAAUAAUAUCUUAUUUGUGUAAUCCAAAAGAUACAAAAUCUUGGAUAGAAGAAAAUGUUAUUGCAAUUUGUUAUUUAAUUAAAACUACAUUUUCUUUUAAAACAUGUCACGAUAUAUGUAAUAUUAUUUUACAAAUUGGUGAUAAAUUAGAUAUGAUAUCUAUACAAUAUAUACAAAUUCUCCAAAGUAUAUAUAAUAAAUCUGCUAUCUUAGAAUUGGAGAAUGAAAAAUUGAUCAUGAAUUUGAUACAAAUUUUUCUUCAUAUAAUUACUAUAACUUUAAAAAAAGAAUCUAAAAAUAUUCAAAAACUUCAAAUUCUUUGUGAAGUAUUAAAUGAUGCUGUUAAACAUUUAAAAGAUAAAAGAAAAGAUUUUAGAUUUGAAGCAUUAAAUAAUAAUCAUUCAUGGUCACAAUUUAUACGAUUUUCUUUAAAAUUUGGUCUAAAAGAAAUAAAAAAUAAUAAAAAACCAGUGAAAAUAUUAAAAACAUUAAGUACUUUAUGUAAUAUUGCAUAUAAAAAUAACAGUGAUGAUGAACAUGUCAAAAUUUUGUUUGAAAUGGCAACUUCUCAUUCAGAAUUUAUUAAUAUUAUGUUGGAUUCUUCAGAUAUUAAAAGAGAUUUAGUAGAGUUGUUAUGGAUUCUUAUGCAAAAGAAUAAAAUAGUUAUGCUAUUGAGCCAUGUACCUGUUUAUUUAGCAGCAUAUAAUGCUACUUUAAGUGAAGCUGAUCAAUUCAUUUUACUUAUUUUACAAUAUUAUGAAAGUAAUAAUAUUGAUAUUUAUGAAUAUCGGCCAUAUGUAUGGGGAAAUAUGGCUGCAACAUAUUACAGUGUGAAAAAUGAUACAUAUACUUCUUUAUGGAGGGAACCGUCUAUUAUUCAAGUUUUAAGUUUAUUUGAGGAGGAUAUAGUAAACAAUACUAUAAAGAAAUAUCCUAUAGAUAGAGCUUUGAAGAAUAAUGAAUUAUACAAAAAAGAUGAUGUAUAUGAUCCAGCAUUUUAUUUGCCAUUAUUAUAUUUUUUAUUAUCAGAAAAUAAUAUUGUAUUAUGUCAUAAAGUUGCUCAAAGUGGAGCACUAGCAUUGAUAUUUGCUGCAUGUAGUAGUAAACAUUCUGAUGUUCGAAUGAUAGCUUAUACUAUUAUUUCUAGAUAUUAUAGCCAUUUGGAAACUUCUAAUUCAAAAACCAAAUUAUUAUGGAUGCGACUAAUAGAUGCAUUGCGUUAUGGUAUUAUAUCAUUGCAAUCGGAACUUAAUACCAUACGUUUAAAUUGUUUAAUUUCUACAUUUUUAGCAAGAACAUCUUUGAUAACUACACAACCAUUGCAUCCACUUUAUUCAACUUUACAAAUAUUUUUGGUAGCUAAACCAGCAUUAGAUAUAAAUACAAUACCUGAAUUAUUACAACUUUUUCAUAGUUCCGAUAUGCAAUAUAAAGUACACAGAUGUUGGAUUUUGGAAAAUAUUCGCGAUAGUAUGAAAACAGAAACUGAACUGGAAAUCGCUUUUAAAUGUGUUUUAUUUAAGAUACUUUUAAAUUUUUAUAUUUCUAGUCUUUCAGAUUCAGAUACGAAGAAACUUAUCUUGGAGAUUAUUAACGUUACAUUAAAAAUUACAAAAGCUUCAAUACUUUUUAUAGAAUGUUAUGGAUUACUUCCUUGGUUAUUAGAAGUUGUUAAAAAUUUAAACAAAUAUGAAGUGCAACAUAUCGAACUUAUAAUAAAAAUAAUGAACAAACUUCUUAAUACUAUAUUGAAUAUAAAAGGAGAUGUUAUCCAUUACAAAUUAAUGCUUUUAAAUAUUGCAUUAUGUUUAAAGUCAUAUUUAGUUAAAGACAUUAAAAUUAAGACCUUUAUAUUAUAUAUUGAUAUUUUACAAAAAUUAAUUCUUUUAAAGCAUAUAAAAAUAAUUGUUACUAAAGAAUGUAUAUUAGAAAUUCUUGAAUUCUCUAAAAAAUUAUUGGAUAAUAUAGAGGAAUGUGACGAUAUGUUACGUUUCGGUUGUGAAUAUGUAACUAAGAUAGAUUUUUUAAAAAAUGAUGAUGAAAUUGAGAUAGCAAAAAAUAGUUUAAGAACAUUAAUAUGGACUUGGUGUAUUCAUGAAAUUGAUUAACUUAUUAUUUUUGUAUUUUUCUAAAAAUUAUUUUAAUUAAA